AUGAAUUUAUUUUGGUUGUUCUUUAUAGUAUGCGUUAGAUCGAUGAUCAUCCCAAGCGAGAUUGACUUGGAAGAAGUCUUUCCAGAGAAUGUAUUAGAAUCAGAACACAUGGAAGUAUUAUACGAAUUUUAUGACGAAUUACAAGACAAGUUAAGCAAAAGAGACACUGAAUCAACCAUCGAAAGUUUAAUUGAAUUGUUGAAUAGUUCAGGGAUAGUUUGGACUGUUUUGAACUAUGCUGCUGAUCAUGAAAAUGUCAUUGACUUGUUGACGAAUUACACUGGUGGAUUCCUUGAAAAUGCUAUUUCAGGCAAUAAGACUGAAUCAUCAGAUAAUUCUGGUAGCACCAUAGGUAAUUUGGUUUCCGGCAUUGCUGAUACCGUGGAUCUUGGUGCCCUUGGUAAUAUGGUACUUGAUAGUGGGUUGGUCAAAAGCUUAUUAGAUGGUUUGUUAUUAGAUGAAAACUUUAGACCUCACUUAUCUGAUAUUAUCUAUAACGUCGUUGAAAAAAACAUGAACUUGAUAGCUAUCAUAGCCAACAACUUGUUGAAACCUGCUCAAAAUAAAGAAUUGUUAGCUAGAGAUUUACAAGAACAUGAAAACUUCAAGAGAGCUUUAUCUGACUCCAUUACCCAGUUAAUCGGUAACUUGGGAGGGGCAUUGUUGAAUUCUCAACUUUUUUACUCAGGCUUAAAUGAUACUUUGAUUGCCUUGAACGAUACAAACUUCCUUGUUUACACUGUUCAGAAAUUUUUAUCCACCCCUGAAUAUCUUAAUUUGACUGGGGAAUUACUUACUCAAACUAUCAGUAAGUCGGGUAUUAAUAUUCUUACAUUACAAUCGACCAUUUCAUCUUUGGCUUCCAGAAUCAACAUCACAGAAAUUGUUGCAGGUGCAUUGGGUGAUACUCAAGCAAUUACUUCGUUAUUGGGAAGCUUAUUAUCUGGUGAAGGAGCUCAAUUAACAGGUUUCUUGAAACGUUACAUCCCUGGUAUCAAAGCUAUCGUAAAUGAUUUAGAGGACAAAGGACUUUUCGUAGACUUGAAUAAUCGAUUGUUUCCUUCCAGUUCACCCUCAUCUACUUCCUCAGCUUCAUCAAGCAAUAAAAAAGCUGAAAAUACAGAAAUUUCUGUUAUUCUGGAUUCAGGUUCCAGUUCAACAUUCAAUGGUUUAAUCCUUUUCCAAACCAUUGUCUACAGUUUACUAUUCUUCAUUUAA